UGGUAGAUGACCCUUUUCUGAGUGAUGGUGAAAAAAGUCUUAAUCUUUACAUCUGGGGUUAACUGUGCUUGUUUGUAACUGAGGGGUUGAGGAAAGUUUUAAUCUUUGCAUCUGGGGUUGACUGUAUUUGUUUGUAACUGAGGGUGGUUGAGGAAAUGGUAUGUUUUUUUUAGAGCAUUGUUGUCUGAGUACUCUAGUUGUUAAUGGUGAAAAGAAGUCUUAACCUUUGCAUCUGGGGUUAACUAUACUUGUUUGUAACUGAGGGGCUGAGGAAGGUUUUAAUCUUUGCAUCUGGGGUUAACUGUAUUUGUUUGGUAUUGUGGGGUUGAAGAAAUAGUAUGUUUUGUAGAGUAUUGUUGUCUGAGUACUUUAUUUGUUAAUGGUGAAAAGAAGUCUUACUCUUUGCAUCUGGGGUUAGCUGUUCUUGUUUGUAACUGAGGGGUUGAGGGAAGUUUUAAUCUUUGCAUCUGGGGUUAACUGUAUUUGUAAUUGAGGGGCUGAGGAGAUGGUAUGAUUUGUAGAGCAUGUUGUCUGAGUACUUUAGUUGUUAAUGGUGAAAAGAAGUCUUAAUAUUUGCACCUGGGGUUAACUGUACUCGUUUGUGAUUGCGGGGUUGAGGACAUGGUAUGUUUUGUAGAACAUUGUUGUCUGAGUACUUUAGUCCUUGUUGGUGGAAAAAGUCUUAAUCUUUGCAUCUGGGGUUUACUGUACUUGUUUGUAAUUUAGGGGUUGAUGAAAGUUUUAAUCUUUGCAUCUGGGGUUAAGUAUUUGUUUGUAAUUGAGGGGUUGAGAAAUUUAGACUUAAGAGAAUGGUUUUUUUGUCAUGAGUCAUUGAAGCUGAUCUCAAAGUCAUUUAAGAAUUUCGAAGUCUUGGUUUUACAGUCUUGUGAAGGACUUACUACCUAUGGACUUGCUGCCAUUGCUGCUAACUGCAGGAACCUGAGAGAACUGGACCUAGGAGAAAGUGAAGUAGAAGACCUGAGUGGCCAUUGGCUUAGUCAUUUUCCUGAUAGCUGCACAUCACUUGUGUCACUUAACAUUGCUUGUUUGGCUUCUGAGGUCAGCUUCUCAGCUUUGGAGCGUCUAGUUGCUCGUUCUCCUCAUUUGAGGACUCUUCGGCUCAAUCGUGCUGUUUCCAUUGAGAAACUUCCAAAGCUACUUCGUCAUGCUUCGAAGUUGGUUGAAUUUGGUACAGGAUCCUACUCUGCUGACAUGCAGGCUGAUGUUUCUGAAGUUUUUGUAAAUGUAUCUCAAGCUUUUUCAGGCUGUAAUCAACUCAAAGGCUUGAGUGGGUUUUGGGAUGCUGUGCCAGCCUACUUUCCAACUAUUUAUCCAGUCCACUCCAAACUCACCUCUUUGAAUUUAAGCUAUGCUACCAUUCAAAUACCUGAUCUUGGCAAGCUCAUUGGCAACUGUCUCAAUUUGCAACGGUUGUGGGUGCUAGAUUACAUUGAAGAUAGCGGUCUUGAGGAGAUUGCCAACACUUGUAAGGAACUUCAAGAGCUUAGGGUGUUUCCUUCUGAUCCAUUUGCUCCAGGACCGAAUGUAUCCUUGACAGAGCAAGGCCUUGUAGCUGUCUCGAUGGGCUGCCCUAAGCUUCAGUCAGUUUUAUACUUCUGCCGCCAAAUGACAAAUGAGGCCUUAGUUAUUAUUGCAAGGAAUCGUCCUAACAUGAUCCGAUUUCGUUUGUGUAUUAUUGAGCCUCGAACUCCUGAUUACGUGACCCUUGAACCACUUGAUGCUGGUUUUGGGGCCAUUGUGCAACACUGCAAGGAAUUGCGGCGACUUUCUCUUUCUGGCCUUCUUACAGAUCGUGUGUUUGAGUACAUCGGGGUCCAUGCUAAGAAGUUAGAGAUGCUUUCCUUAGCUUUUGCGGGGGAUAGCGAUCUAGGCCUCCACUAUGUUCUCUCUGGUUGUGAGAGCCUUCGUAAGUUGGAGAUUAGAGACUGCCCCUUUGGCGAUGAGGCUCUGUUGGCUAAUGCUGCAAAGCUGGAGACAAUGCGAUCCCUUUGGAUGUCUAAUUGUUCAGUAAGUUUUGAAGCAUGUAAGCUGCUAGCCCAGAAGUUGCCAGGGCUUAAUGUUGAAGUUAUAGACGAGAGGGGUCAUCCGGAUACGAGACCAGAAAGCUGCCCUGUUGAGAAACUUUAUAUAUACAGGACAGUGUCAGGAAGGAGGUUCGACACUCCUGGUUUUGUUUGGAUUAUUGAUGAAGAUGCAGCAUUGACUCAAUAUAGCAACGGGAAUUGCUCUCUGGCUUCUUCUUAGGAAGACUUCAGGUAUAAGUUCUAUGUUAAUCUUUCACCCGCGUUUACUUGCUUGAGCCUUGUGUAGUUGCAGUGCUGGUUAUGGUGGGAGUGAAGCUCGUGUUCCAUCGAUUUGAUCCUUUGUUGAGUGACUUGGCAGCAAUUAAUUACAAAUAAUGAGAGUUUAAACUGUCGUUGUUGUGCUAUAUCAGCAAGGACAACUAUUGUAUUUUUGGUUGGGAGGGGGCAUGUUCAACUGUUUAUCCUAUUUUGUAUCAUUAUGUAUCAGUUUAACUUUCUCUAGUGACUUUUUCUUCUGGUGAAAUGGUGCUAUCAUGUACUUCUCUGGUCAUGUAUUGUUGUAAUUCUCUUUGAAGAUUAAUGCGAACCUUUCAUUCAUUAUGA